UUGAGUAACUGCAUGCUGCUCUCCCUGUGCUAGAGAGAGGGUGAGAGAGUGAGCUAGAGGAAUAAAGUGCUCCUCCUGGAUCUUAUCGGAUCCCUCUCUCCCCUCUCUCGCCUUCCCCUCUCCUCCUUGUACACCUCUUGGUUGUGGCUUGUCUCCAUUUAAGUUGGGGAGGCCCUGGAGAGGACACACAAUGGAGCGAAGAGCCUGUGGCAACUGGGCCGUUGUACUGCUGAGAGGGGGAUGGGGUAGAGAGAGGACCGGUUCACACAGCUAACACAGCCUGCCGGCUGUAGGCUUCCUCAGCCUUUCCUCCCUGCCUGGACACACUGUUUCCAGGCUGGGGCCUUUUUUUGUAAAACAGCAACCCUCAAACCCAGCUUGGACUACACUAAGGAUUACUCACUGUGUUUUGUGGGAUUUACGGACACAUACUGGAGCCUGAAGAUUAAAUCCUUCGUGUGUUUUGGUUAAGAGAGGAGGAAGAACAAACUUCGACAUACAUUUUUUUGUACCCGUCUUUCGGUUUUUGAUUUCUUUUUCUGUUUAUUGGAGUUCAUAAAUGGAUUACAAGAUGCAUGCCAAGUCAAAUGAUUUACUGGAUUUUCAAAAACUGGAUGCCCUUCUGGAAAAAAUUGCCCAUUCAGUCUCUGUGAAAAGAGAGUCCAGCGAGGAGUGCAAUGGGAUCAGUGGUGCUCUGUCAGUGGAGUCUGUGCCGGGGCCAAGACUGAACUGGUGUCCUGCCAACACCACUACCCCUGCUCCAGCUCCAGCUCCCGCUCCGGGGCCCGAGCCCGUGCCCAACCCUGUUAGAAUGGGGGACGGCCUGGAUGCAGCGCAGAUGUCGGGCAGCAGCAGCAGCAGCAGCCAGGGGCAGGCCCAGCAAGGGGGCAACCCCCCACCCCCAGAGUACAUCAAUCCCAGCAGGCCAAAGCGCCAGACCAAUCAGCUGCAGUACCUGCUCAAGAUGGUGUUGAAGGGCCUGUGGAAGCACCAGUUCGCCUGGCCCUUUCAUGCACCAGUGGAUGCGAUCAAACUUAACCUGCCUGACUACUACACAAUAAUCAAAAACCCUAUGGACAUGGGAACAAUCAAGAAAAGGCUUGAGAACAGUUACUACUGGAAUGCCCAAGAAUGUAUCCAAGACUUCAACACGAUGUUUACCAACUGCUACAUAUAUAACAAGCCUGGAGAUGACAUAGUCUUAAUGGCUGAGGCGCUAGAGAAGGCUUUUCUCCAAAAGGUCUCAGAAAUGCCUCAGGAAGAAACAGAGAUUGUUGUCAUGACGGGGAAAGGACGAGGCCGGGGUAGAAGAGAAGGAGGUUUGAACUUGAAACCAGGGGCCAUCAUUGAUCCUUCAUCCACAACUCCUCAAACACGUGGUCUGUCAAACCUCUCAGCAGCAUCACUGACCAGAGGACCAGUGCAGGGCCCGCCUUCACUACCUCCCCAGCCUUUGAUGCAGGCCCUGCCGUCCCACGUGCCCCCAACGUUAUCCAGCCAUGCACCACAGCUUGGCGCUCCCUACUCCCUGAGCCAAUCGGACUGCGCUCCUCAAGUUCCCAUCAUGACUUCUGUGCCUCCUCCUGCUCAGACAUCCCUUCCCCUGGCAUCCAUCCAGAGCACUGCCCCCAUGCUGCAGAACCCUAUAACUAUGACCAAACAAAGAAAGAGCCAGAAAAGGAAAGCAGACACUACAACGCCCACAGCGAAUGACCAACUGAGUGAGUCUUCACCAGCAGAGUCCAAAUCUGGGAAGACACUACCUAGAAGAGAGAGUACCAGGCCUACAAAACUGAUGAAAAAAGAUGCUCCAGACUCCCAGCAUCAUAUAGGCAUGGGGAUGGGACCAAGUGGAGGUCAUAGCCCCAAACCACAGGAUCAGCUGGGAUACUGUGCUAGUCUGGUUAGGGACAUGCUGUCCAAGAAACACGCUGCUUAUGCCUGGCCAUUCUACCAACCUGUUGAUGUGGAUGCACUAGGACUACAUGAUUAUCAUGAUAUCAUCAAACAUCCAAUGGACCUCAGCAGCAUCAAGGCCAAACUGGAGAACAGGCAAUACCGGGAACCCCAGGAGUUUGCUGCUGACGUACGAUUAAUGUUUUCCAACUGCUACAAAUAUAAUCCACCAGACCAUGAGGUGGUAGCCAUGGCACGCAAGCUGCAGGAUGUCUUUGAGAUGCGCUUUGCUAAGAUGCCAGAUGAACCGGAGAGCAAGCCAGUGGUUUCUUCUCCAGCUCCUACACUUCACCAUCCUGCCCCUGUUAAGCCUCAACCUCCUUUGGCCCCUGUCGCCUCGUCUUCAGACAGCUCAAGUGACUCAUCCUCUGAGUCUGAGUCAUCAACAGAUGACUCUGAAGAGGAGAGAGCCCAGAGAUUGGCAGAGCUCCAAGAACAGUUGAAAGCUGUCCAUGAGCAGCUGGCUGCCUUGUCCCAACCACAAGCCAGCAAACCAAAGAGAAAAGAGAAGGAAAAGAAGGAGAAGAAAAAAGAUAAGCAUAAGAAAAAAGGAGGCAUAUCUGGCCUUGUAGAUGAGAUCCAGGAUGCUACACCUGUUUCACAGCUCUCUAAGAAGUCUAAGACUAGUAACAAUAACAACAAAGAGGUUGUUUCCAAGAAGAAACCCAGUAAAAAGGAAGGGAUGAAAAACAAUCAUCCCGCCAACCUGCAGCCUGUUCCCAGUCUGGACGAUGACCUUGGGGCAGCUGGAUCAUCGGCUACAGGGGAAAAAUGCAAGCCUAUGACGUAUGAGGAGAAAAGGCAGCUAAGUUUGGACAUCAACAAGCUCCCUGGGGACAAGCUCGGCCGUGUAGUGCAUAUCAUCCAGUCCAGAGAGCCCUCGCUCAAAAACUCAAACCCUGAUGAAAUUGAGAUUGAUUUUGAGACGCUAAAACCUUCCACUCUGCGUGAGCUGGAGAGAUAUGUAUCUUCCUGCCUCCACAAGAAGAAGAAAAGGCUCCCAGUUGAAAAGCCUGUGGAGUUGAUGGCUGCAUCCAAAAAGACCGGAUCCUCCUCGGAGAGCAGUGGUUCCAGCACAGAUAGCGAGGCUGAGGGCACAGGAUUGAUAAAGCAGCAGCAGAAGAAGAAGGGCCAGUCUGUAAAGGAGGGGAAGAAGACGCAUCUUCACAAUCAGAGUGGACCUCCUCAAACUGGGCUGAAUUCCCAGGCUGCAAGCCUUCAAUCCAACAGUCAGCUGAAACAGCAUCAGCAGCAGCAUCAACCAUCUCCCGCAGGCUUCAUUGUUCCCCCUGUAGCUGCCCUGGAAUCUUCUCAGUUACUGGAGACUAGCUUUGAGUCCCUGCCACCUUUCGGCCAGCCCCUCAUGCAUCUAUCCCACCACACAGGCAACUCUUCCUCACCUGCACCUCCACACCUCAACGCUCAUUCUGCUGGGCCAGUGUCUCCUGAGACCCACCCCUUCCUCAACCAGCAUCCAAUCCUCCCAUCUCCAGCUUUGCACAGUUCCAUGCCUCAGCAGCCUUCUCGACCCAGUCACAAGGCAGCACCUCUUCAUCCCAAACCUCCGCAGCAGCAGCCAGCACCUCCUCAGCAGCAGCCAACUCUGCAGCAACAACAACAACAACAGCAGCAGCAGCAGCAGCAGCAGCAGCAGCAGCAGCAGCAGCAGCAGCAGCAGCUCCAGCCUCAGUCAGUGGCACCACCACAACACCAGCUCCCCUCUCAAAUCCUUCACCCUCCUCAGCCCCUGCAUCAGCGUCCAAUGUCCCCUCCAACACUCACACCCCAGGGCUUGCUGUCUUCCCAGCCUCCACAAAUGUUGCUGGAGGAUGAUGAAGAGCCAGGGUCAACGACGCCUUUGAACCAAGUACAGUUGUAUUUGCAGCAGUUCCAGCAAACCCGUCAGCCCCAGCAGUCCAUGCAGUCGCUUCAGGCGCAGGCUCGGCAGCAGCAGCAGCAGCAGCAGCAGCAACAACAACAACAACAACAACAACAACAACCAGGGCAGAACUCUCUCCUGCAGUCUGUCCAGGGACAAUCUCAACUCUCCUCUCAGACAACGCUGCCUCCUCCCCAGCUACCUGUCCAGUCCCAGACUCAGCCAACCUCAUCACAUCAGGCUCCAACCCAACAGAUGCCUCUACACCAGGCCCGCCACAUGCAGCACACUCAGCAGCAGCAACCGCAGCCACAACAGCAGCAGCUGAACUACCAGCAGGGUCCUGGUCUUGCUGGUCAGUCCCAGGGCUCACAACACAAGAUAUCCAUGCCCACCAACAAAGCACAGCAGAUCAUCCAGCAGCAGCAAGAACAGCCCUCCCCUCGUCCAACUAAGGCAGACCCUUACAACACGGGUCACAUGAGGGACAACCCUUCCCCUCUCAUGAUGCAUUCCCCACAACUUCCUCAGUUCCCACCUGUGUCUCACCAGUCUCCACCUCACAACAUGCAGCCCAAAAAGCAGAGAGCCCCUCCAAACCAAGGUGGGAUAAAGGAGGAGAAACUACCUCCAUCACCAGUGAUGCGAGGAGAGCCAUUUAACCCUGCAAUGAGACCAGACCAUCACAAACAUCCUGAUAUCAAGCCUUCUCAACCUGGCCACAGCCAACAGACAGAUGUGAAGUCCAUGGACAGCUCGCGACCAGUCAUCCGCUCCUCUGAGCCUACUGGGCCGCCCCCCUCUCUACAAGACAAGGAUAAGUUCAAGCAGGAGUCAAAGGCACCCACUGCCCCCAAGAAGGUACAGGAUGUGAAACUGAAGAAUAUGGGCUCGUGGGCCAGCUUGGCACAGAAGUCCACAUCUACACCCUUAUCUGCAGUGAAGUCCUCAAGUGACAGUUUUGAGCAGUUCCGUCGUGCUGCACGGGAGAAAGAGGAGAGGGAGAAAGCCCUGAAAGCCCAAGCAGAGCAGGCAGAAAAAGACAGACUACGCAGAGAGCAGGACAAACUACGAGGUCGAGAUGAUGAGGAAAUCAUGGAGCCAAGCAGAAGGUUGCACGAGGAGCCACGCAGACGUCUGGAGCAGCAGCACAUCCAAGCUCCCUCACAACAGCAGCAGCAGCAGCAGCAGCAGCAGCAGCAGCAGCAGCAGGAGCCGCAGCCGGCUGCCAUUCAGCCACCUCCUCAACCCCCCACACCACCACAGCCUGCCACACAGAACCCACUAGACCAACAGAGAGAGCUAGCACGCCGCCGAGAGCAGGAGAGGCGGAGGCGAGAAGCGAUGGCAGCAACUAUUGACAUGAAUUUCCAAAGUGACUUAAUGGCUAUCUUUGAGGAGAACUUGUUUUGAGGAUGAAAGCAACUGAAACGUAACUGCAAAAACAAAGAAAAAAACAAAAAAAAGGAAAAAAAGACUUGGAUGAUGCAGACUUCAUCUAAAGAGAGAUUUGGCGACCGUGCACCACAGAGGAACACGGACUGUAUGUAGAUGUGAUGAGCCCUCGGAGACUGAAUACAAACGCUGGACGGGCAGUCGCAUCUCGCGUUGCUCCUGUGGACUGAACACACGCAACACAUGGGGAUAGUCUCAUUGUUCUGGAUGUCAUUUCCUAGGAAUUUGGCUUUGCCUGUCUGAAAUCUCCUAACAGGAGAGAGAGGACCCCUGUUGGCACAGUUGCCUUUGUCACACUUGCUUCUUACAGUGUGUGAGGGCGCAACAAUAAACUGCAAGUGUAAAGACAUCCCGAUAUCUAUGAAAAUGCUCUGAUAAUGUACUGACAGACUGCGCAGAGGCGUUUUGAAACUGCCAGAUGUCUGAGGUGGUGAAGAAGACUAGUCUUUUAUGUUUUGUUUUUGUUUUGUUUGUUGUAAGUGAACACAUGAAAUGGUUCGGGGGCAACUUCCAUACUGUAAAUCGUGUAUAUUUCUCAGCAGAGAAGGUACAGUUUGCCUUACACCUCUUUCCUAAACAGAACAUUAUGUUCUGUAGCCUGCACACAUGGACAAACCAAUAACAUUUACAACCAGGAGUAGGAGCUGUGCAGUUCUUUUUCAUCAUCUAGUAUCUACUGUAAAGAAGUAUUUUCUUAUACUACAAUAACUGUUUAUUUUGGAUCUUUCAUUUUUUCCUCUUUAGGUCUUUGAAUCUUCACACCAACACACUCCACCACCUAUGUCUAUGCCAAACAACCCCAUUAUCAUUUAUGCUAACUCAACUGUCCUAAAACAUGUUAGGUAGCUUGUGACAAAAGAAAACCCUGAAUAUAUGCAUUAUCAUAGUUCCAGCAAGUAUAUAUCAAAGACAGACGUUUUCAUCCUGCCUUGCAUUUUCAUUUAAAGCUACAACAGGAACGAAUGAGCAGAAGAAAGGAAAGGUCUGGCUGUUUCUGAGCUUUAGUUGGAAUAUGAUUUCACUACAAGUGUUGCACCAUUAUUUGUAUUACACUUUGUGACAUAAUGUUGGAAAAUGUCCAUAUCAUUGGCCUGUUCACAACAGUCACACUACUGGAUCAGUUAAGAUGUGAGGUAGAUUAGGAGCCCCCUACUGUCCCCUCUGAUUGAACCUAAAGGUUUUGAUCACAUGUCAACAGGCAGAGUGCUCGGAGCAGGAAGGAGAUAGUCAGGGCAAUAAGACAAACACUUAACACCUUUCUGUAGCGGUUACUUGAAUCAGGUUAGUAAAAAUGGACUGGUCGGAGCUCCCAGUUCUUGCAUCAAGUCGUCUUUUAAUUUACUGAGGGCACACUGUCAACAGUAUGAAAUAAAAAGACAAACAAUUAUAUAAGUUAAGAAACGGAAAAUGAUGAAAAAACAGUUUUGAUUUCUAUCUUUGUUCUUGUUCGAUAAUAGUGGAUGUGAGUUAUAAUUCUGUUCUCGGAGACAUUGAUUGGACCGGGGAUGGGUUGAAAUCGGAAUGCAUCUCGUCCUCUUCACUUGUCUCUUAUGGUGUUUUUUCUCCAGUGCCUGUAUUGUAUUGCAAUUCUCGUUGGCUUAUAUUACACUUCGAGGGGGGUUUAGAAAGGGGCGAGUCUGGGUGGUGUAAUAUUUGAACGGGGAGGGAGAAUUUUUGAAAGAGUUUGUGUAAAAAAAAAAUAAUAAAAAAAGGAAAAGACAGCGUUUUAUAUUUUACCCGUUGUCAAUAUUCGGGUUUUAAAUUUAGUUUUAGCUGGACUUCUAUGAGUGUACACACCUGACAACUACUUUCUCAUUUUGUUCAAUCAGCAUAUUUUAGGUAGAUAAUGUUUCAGCGUUGCCACACUAGCGUUUGAGUCUGGUCUGUGAGUGUGACUGUGUAAAUUUGGACGACUGUGUGACUGUGUGUGUUAUUGUUUUUGUUAAUUUUUUUUUUAAGUGUGUGGUGCAAGGAGGCAUGUUCCCCGAUGUAGAUAAGCAUUCUAUUGAUGAGGAGAAUAAACAGAUAAAUAGUACUUCAGGAGAACUUGUUUCUGUGCUUAAGUCACCUUUUUAAUUCCUAUGAAGUCCACCAUAUAUGAGUAUAGAAUUUUUAUUAGACUGGUUUUGAAAGGGUAAAAAACAAAUUCAUUCCUUUUUAGCCUUUUUUUUCCUUUUCACAAUAACUGUUGGACAUAAUGUGCCAUGAGUUCUAAAGAGAAUGUGCUGACCCGCAGCUCAGCCCAGAGUUUGCUUUAUUCAGGUAUUUUAUUUUGUGUUACAUUUGUUCUGUUUUGGGGGUUUUGUUGAAACGUUUUCCUCGAUUAUCGUUUGGUAUGUGAGUGGUCUAUCGAGGUCUCUGAUUCAGUCUGUUAUGAUCAUUGAAUAAACUCAUCUCUUUUAUAGAAAAUAAAAAAUAAACAAAA